AUACGGUCAAGAAUGCAUUUGUGUCCAAGGCGAAAGAAACCGAAGAAUCGAAGAUUAACUAGUCAUUUUUUCUUCAUCUUCUACUCCCAGUUUGUUUGCAUGCUCCGCUGGAAAAGGAAAGAUGGGGGUGCAGAUUCUUGGGCUUUGGUCGCGCACUCCUAGCUUGUGGGUUCACUUACCUGAAACGCGAAGCAAGCCUGUUCACUUACUACCAACUACAGCUCUUCCAACUACUGCUUCUCUCUCGUCCUCACCUCCCACCAUUCAGGUUGUUGGUGGAAAAAAUCCGACUUGGUACGGAAAUGGAAAUGCCAAUUCCAACACUACCCUUGAUGGUUUUGCUGACGAGACUGAUUGGAUUGAUCUUGAUAGCGAGCUUUGUUAUUGGACCAAAUCACUGCGUCCUGUUCAGUGGUAUCCUGGUCAUAUUGCAAAGACAGAAAAAGAACUUAAAGAGCAGCUUAAGUUAAUGGAUGUUGUGAUAGAAGUGCGAGAUGCUAGAAUUCCUCUGUCUACAACCCAUCCACAGAUGGAUUCCUGGCUUGGAAAUAGGAAAAGAAUUUUAGUUUUGAAUAGAGAAGAUAUGAUAUCCAAGGCAGACAGGAAUGCGUGGGCAAAUUAUUUUGCAAGGCAGGGCAUAAAGCCUGUCUUUUCCAAUGGACAACUUGGAAUGGGUACUAUGAAGCUAAGCCGGUUGGCAAAGGCAUUGGCUGCAAGUGUAAAUGUCAAAAGAAGAGCCAAAGGACUCCUUCCUCGUCCAGUUCGAGCUGGAAUAGUUGGAUACCCAAAUGUUGGGAAAUCAUCUCUAAUCAACCGUUUGCUGAAGCGUCGAAUGUGUGAAGCAGCCUCCAGGCCUGGAGUUACUAGAGAACUGAAAUGGGUUCAAUUUGGGAAAGAACUAGAGUUGCUAGACUCUCCUGGCAUGCUUCCAAUGCGGAUUAGUGAUCAAUCAGCAGCUAUAAAGCUUGCUAUCUGUGAUGAUAUUGGGGAGAGAUCCUAUGAUGUGGUUGAUGUAGCAGCAAUUCUUGUACAGAUUUUGACAAGGAUCCCAUCAGUUGGUGUGAAAGCUCUUCAGAAUCGCUACAAGAUUGAUGUAGAUGGGCAUAAUGGUAGAAUAUUUGUACAGAAACUCGCAGUUCACUUAUUCAAUGGGGACACCCAUCAAGCAGCUUUCCGCAUUUUGACUGAUUUUCGGAAAGGGAAGUUCGGUUGGGUGGCACUGGAGAGGCCUCCCAGGUGAUAUUGAUAGCUUUGAAGUGAAUGUCUGUAUUUCUAAGGUUCCCCCCUUGGAUCCUGAUGCCGCGAGAUUGCCUGGUGGUGUCUCAUGCAAAAUAUGUUGAUCUUGGCAUGUUGCAGUGCCAUAAGAGGAGGGAGAAAGCUUCUGCCUGUUGGCUAUUGUAAUCUUUUGAAGGAAACGUGGGAGAUAAAACUGUAAAAUCUGGAUGGACGAAAACACAUCAGGUGAAUAUGAGAUUGAAGCUUUGUACCACGUUUUGGUAGUAUAUUAGGUCCUCUGUUCCUUAUCCCCUGUGAAGUUGCCGCAAAAAUUGUUAAAAUAUUUUGUAAUUAUCAAGUAGUAUAUCAAAUGGUUGUAAAUCUUACCCCUCAUGAAAAGGCUUGUCAACUAUUUCUUGCAUCACAAUGAAACAUGUAUUUUUUUUCCUGUUUUUAGACAUCAAUUCAAAGAAGCCAAUGAUUUGAGCAUGGCUA